AGUGGGUAUCAGAGGUAGAAAUCUGACCACUUAAGCGACGCAACGAAAAUGAAGCUAGUAUUGGGGCUCGCGCUUUUAGCGCUUUUUGACGUCUACCUAACGGCAGCGUCACCAGAGCCUAAUCGCAUUCCACACGGACUUCAUGUCGUUCGGGAAUUCCUUGGCGGCCGCCGCAAGGAGGAGCACCGCCACGUCGAACACAAGGAAGUCGAGAAGGAACAAGACUUCCAAGAGAGAGAAGUAAAAGAAGUGAAACACAAACGGAAAACUUUCAAGGAACAGGAGAUUGAGUCAGAGUCUGACAGCUCCAGCAGUUCCAAGAAAUCCUUCUCGGAGAAUGACAGCUCUAGCUUGGAGAGAGACCAGAGUGAGAGCUUCUCGGAGAAGAAAGAGUUCAGCGAGAGUGAGAGAGAGGACCAGAAAAGAUUUGGAGAGCACAGGAGAGGUCCAGGACCCAACUCACAUGGUCCAAGGCGUCCAUCCCUACUGUCGCCAAUCAGCAUCAACCCACUCCCAGGCCUGAACCUUCCGAACGUGGACGUGUCCAUCCCAGGAGUCGUGGACGUCGACCUGUUCGGCAAGCCACAGCGGCCGGUUCCACCACAGCGACCCCAACAUCCGAGCGAACCGCAAUGGACUCAGUGGACAGCGGGACCAGAACAGCCAGUAAAACCCCAAAGGCCGGUGGAACCAGAAACGCCAGUGAAACCCCAAAGACCGGUGGAACCAGAACCGCCAGUUAGACCACAAUUGCCGGUGGAACCAGAACCUCCAGUAAAACCCCAAAGAACCUCCAGUUAA